AUGCUAUCAGCACAGAGCUUAAAUGUGGGUAUGAUUCAAGGAAUAAAUGGGGGAAUGAUAAAAUCAGAAACAGGAUAUUGUGGCAGUUCCUCUUACAUGUUUGAUUCAGAUGGAAAUGCCCCAGAAGUGCGUCCAACAAUUUCUGGAUGCAUCAUUGCUUCUUUCACUAGCGUAGAGUCCAACUUACAACCCCUGGCUGAAUCAAUUCUGGUUGCAGACACCAGUUCUUUUGGACUUUUACUCCAGAUUCCUCGAAUUUUCAGUCUCUUGGACUUGACAGAGGACUUUUCUCAGAGUUCUGGUAUGCUCUCUCUCUCUCUCUCUCUCUCUCUCUCUCUCUCUCGUUAUAUUCUGGAGAGUUACCCUCACUCACCUUUCCUGGGAACAGAUUCUGAAAACUUCAUUGAUUCUAAAAAUGUCAAAUAUUGGUAUUUUCUCAAAUGUGUCAACUCAUAG